AUGGCAACAUCCGCCAGCAGGCGCCUCGAGGAUGAGGUGACGUGCUCUAUAUGUAUAGAGCACUUCAACGAUCCUAGAGUGCUCCCUUGCUUCCACUCAUUUUGUCGACACUGCCUGGAAGAGCUGGCAGUGCACUCUGAAGGGAGAGGAAAACUUGCGUGCCCCCUCUGUAAGGCGGAAUUCCAGAUUUCCCAAGCAGAUGUUCCGAGUUUGAAGGUGAAUUUCAUGAUCAACAGUAUUCUCUCUGUUCUAUUGUUGACAUCUGAAGACUCCAAGAAACCAGUUUGCGAAUCGUGUGAUAGUGGUGAGCCUGCCCAAGGGAGAUGUAACGAGUGCGAUCACUUUGUCUGUGAGCAGUGCAUCUCGAUUCAUAAGAGAUUUCGACCAGUGCAACACCACACUAUCCUCAGUCUUGAUGAGAUCAAAAGCGGAAAGUUACUUGCAAUGAGCAAGGCUUCCUUCUGUACCAAACAUAAGGGUAAAAAGCUGAAACUGUUUUGCGAAUCUUGUAAGGAAGUAAUUUGCCGGGACUGUACUGUUGUUGAUCAUAAAAAUCAUGAUUACCUUUUCACAAGUGAUGUUAUCGCUCAAGAGAAAGAAGAAAUAUUGGGAAGAGCAAAAAAGGUUGCAUCAAAACUCACCGAUAUUGAACAGGCGAUGGCAUUGGUAGAAGAGGCUCAACAACAUCUCGAGGAAAAUAAACGUGCGACCAGAAGGGAUCUGGAUGCGUUCAUUGAUAAGCAGAUAGGGGCUCUUGAGAAGAUGCGAUCUGAUCUUAGAGGAGAGAUCGAGUCAGCUUGUCAGAAGCAGCUGACUGCCCAGAGAGAGAAUUUAUCCAUGAGACUUGCAAGUGCUCGUAGCAGUUUGGAGUUUGCUGAGAGAAUGUGCAGAGAUGCAAAUGAUGUGGAUGUCUUGUCCAUCAGGAAUGAAGUGCUAUCCCAGCUAUCGAGUCUUGCAGAGAAACCCGUGGAUCAGCCUUGUAUGGAGGAUGGAGUUCGUCUUGUAGUGGAUGAGGAGUAUUGGGAUUCUUUGUCAAAGAAGAUCUCAGUUGAAAGGCGUACAGGUCUUGAGCAGUCCGCCAUCCUCAGCGGCAAAGGUUCAAAGUACCUUCGAGAUCUCUUGGGAUUCCUGCAGCCCGUGCAGCAAAGUCCCAAGAGUCGCUGGGUCAGAUGUUUCUCAGCAAAGAGAGAUGGCUGGGCUGCCAGUACCUUCCACGAAAAAUGCGACGGCAAAGCGCCGAACAUCGUACUCGUAAGCGUUGGAGGAAGAUACGUGUUUGGUGGCUACUCUGACGUAGCGUGGACAAAAAUGACAUCCGCCAGCAGGCGCCUCGAGGAUGAGGUGACGUGCUCUAUAUGUAUAGAGCACUUCAACGAUCCUAGAGUGCUCCCUUGCUUGCACUCAUUUUGUCGGCACUGCCUGGAAGAGCUGGCAGUGCACUCUGAAGGGAGAGGAAAACUUGUGUGCCCCCUCUGUAAGGCGGAAUUCCAGAUUUCCCCAGCAGAUGUUCCGAGUUUGAAGGUGAAUUUCAUGAUCAACAGUAUUAUCUCUGUUCUUCCUUUGUUGACAUCUGAAGACUCCAAGAAGAAACCAGUUUGUGAAUCGUGUGAUAGUGGUGAGCCUGCCCAAGGGAGAUGUAACGAGUGCGAUCACUUUGUCUGUGAGCAGUGCAUCUCGGCUCAUAAGAGAUUUCGACCAGUGCAACACCACACUAUCCUCAGUCUUGAUGAGAUCAAAAGCGGAAAGUUACUUGCAAUGAGCAAGGCUUCCUUCUGUACCAAACAUAAGGGUAAAAAGCUGAAACUGUUUUGCGAAUCUUGUAAGGAAGUGAUUUGCCGAGAUUGCACCGUCGUUGAUCAUAAAAAUCACGAUUACCUUUUCACAAGUGAUGUAAUCGCUCGAGAGAAAGAAGAAAUAUUGGGAAGAGCAAAAAAAGUUGCAUCAAAAAUCACCGAUAUUGAACAGGCGAUGGCAUUGGUAGAAGAGGCUCAACAUCAUCUCGAGGAAAAUAAACGUGCGACCAGAAGGGAUCUGGAUCAGUUUAUUGAUAAGCAGAUAGGUACUCUUGAGAAGAUGCGAUCUGAUCUUAAAGGGGGGAUUGAGUCAGCUUGUCAAAAGCAUGAGAAGCAGCUGACUGCCCAGAGAGAGACUCUAUCCAUGAGACUUGCAAGUGCUCGUAGCAGUUUGGAGUUUGCUGAGAGAAUGUGCAGAGAUGCAAAUGAUGUGGAUGUCUUGUCCAUCAGGAAUGAAGUGCUAUCCCAGCUAUCGAGUCUAGCAGAGAAACCCGUGGAUCAGCCUUGUACGGAGGUUGGAGUUCGUCUUGUAGUGGAUGAGGAGUAUUGGGAUUCUUUGUCAAAGAAGAUUUCUGUUGGUGAAUCUGAAACAGGUCUUGAGCAGUCCGCCAUCCUCAGCGGCAAAGGUCCAGAGUACCUCCGAGAUCUCUUGGGAUUCCUGAAGCCCGUGCAGCAAAGUCCCAAGAGUCGCUGGGUCAGAUGUUUCUCAGCAAAGAGAGAUGGCUGGGCUGCCAGGACCUUCUAUGAAAAAUGCAAUGGCAAAGCGCCGAACAUAGUACUCGUUAGUGUUGGAGGAAGAUACGUGUUUGGUGGCUACUCUGACGUAGCGUGGACAAUGAGUGACCGUGGAUGGCAGUCCUCCAGCAAGUCAUUCUUGUACACGCUGUGUAACAAGAAUGGCUACCGCCCUGAAAAGUUGCCAUUGAGGGACCCGCCAGAUAGAAUCGCCAUUCGGGACCACACAAGUUGCGGUCCGGUGUUUGGUGGUGGUGGUGACCUGUUUAUCGCUGACAACGCGGGGGGUAAUGAAGAGUCCUAUACGGAGCCACACACGUACGCUCGUCCCCAGGGCGCCACAUCUGAUGGCCCGUGUGACGUCUUUGCUGGCACCUGGUCAUUCACACCCGACGAAAUGGAGGUGUUUCACGAGGUGGUGGACUGAAUACAGCUUUGAACGCCUGUAAAGUGACAAUAGACAUAAAGAUGUAUAAAUAUUUGUUAGUUGGUACUGUGUCAUGAAAUUACUGAUUUUGAAUUAGGAUGUAUCGUGGAAAUACAUAUGUCGUGACCCGCGAAUGCAUCAUGGAUAGCAUGUAAAUCACAAAACUACAUGUUGUGAAAACCCCAGUGCAAGUGGUAAAAAGCACAAAAAAGAUGAAAUUUGUUAGUUGGUACUGUGUCAUGAGAAUAAUGUAUUUUGAAUAACGCUUCACCAUCUUGUGAUGUGACCCGCGGUGCAUCUUGGGUAGCAUGUAAAUCACAAAAUAUCACAUGCUGUGAAAAACCCGCUAGCGAGGGUUACGGCACACGUUACUUUAGUCCAACCUUAUUUAAAAACGUGUACAUCUCGAGUAUAUAUAUCCGAAUUUUAUAACACAAAUGCAAAUUGUAAAUUUUAAUAAUUAUUCCUAUAAGCUGUUAGAAACAAUAUGUUGUUUGGUCUAGAUAACCACGUA